UUUGGAAUCUCAGAGGAACAGACAGUAGUAAAAGGAUUAUAAAAAAUCGAAUUUUGCAGUAGGAAGCUUCGAGCUUUUUCAUGUGAUGGCCUUGAACUUCUUCCCCGCUUCUCUUCAUCCAAUUUCGAAUCCGUCUUCUUCUCCUCGUUUCAGUCAAAAACACCUCUUUCCGACAACACGUGUCCGCUCCGAGAGAAACGAAAUCGGCGUCACUGUGAACAACGGCGACAACAACGAUCCUUCUUCAUCUUCCUCCUCCGGUUCUUCUUCUACUUCAUCUUCAUCAGUACGCACACAACUGGAUCUCCUUGAACAGCUAACUUCAACUAGUGAAGGUUACUUGAGUGAUGGUGGUGGUGGUGGCUCGAGGGGAUUCACAAUUCGUGACCAAUUGGCUGGACUUGUUGGCGACAGAGACGACGAUUUCACCAUUCCAUUAGGCAAAAACUUAAAGAAAGUGAGUCCUAAAUUCUUAACCACAUCUCAGAAAAGGAACAUUAAGAGACAAAGCUACCUUAAUGAGGUCUCUCGGAGGAAUGAUUCUGUUUUCUUUGCUACUAUUGGCGCCUUUGUACUCCUUCCUCCUUUGGUGAUUCUUGCCAUUGCUAUCUUAACUGGCUAUGUUCAACUCUUCCCAUAAGUAUAAAUUUCUUUAUUUUCUAAAAAUCAAAAUCGCAUAUAGCAGGAGUUGCUUGUAAUUACAUAUGAAAGUAUCCACAUAGCUUGGUCUUAUUGGUACUAUGUGCUACUCUUUGUUUGAUGAGAGGAUUAUCCUAAAGAAUCAAAGAAAAUAGUUUCUGUGUACAA